AUGUCGGACGACCGCCCAACAACUUUUCCGCCGCCUUCAAGUCGCCGCCCGCUCCCGCUGCUGCUGCCCGGCUGCGCCAUGUCGCCCAUCCCCGUCACCGUCAUCACCGGCUUCCUCGGCUCCGGCAAGACCACGCUGAUCCUCAACCUGCUCGCCCAGCUGCCGCCCGACUACAAGCUCGCCUUGCUGAAGAACGAGUUCGGCGAUGUCGCUAUCGACUCCCAGCUCGCCGCUUCCCAGGCCAUCUCGGGCGUCCAGGAGCUCCUGAACGGCUGCAUCUGCUGCAACCUGACCGGCCAGCUCGGCGAUGCUCUCGAAACCCUCCGCACCACUGCCCGGCCCGACCGCAUCGUCAUCGAGACGAGCGGCAGCGCCUUCCCCGCAACCCUGGCCAUGGAGGUAAACCGCAUCUCUCGCGAAACCGGCGCCUUCGUGCUAGACGGCGUCAUGAGCGUCGUCGACGUCGAGAACUGGCAGGGCUACGAAGACACCAGCUACAGCGCCAAGGUGCAGGCCCAGUACACCGAUCUCAUCGUGCUGAACAAGUGCGAGCUCGUCAGCGAGCGUCGCGUCGAAGACGUGGAAGAUAAGAUCCGGGACCUCGAACUCGACGUCCCCACUCCCAUCGUCAAGAGCGCCAAGGGCCGCGUGGACAAAGACAUUGUCUUCGGCUUGGACGCGAAGCUGGCCCACGCUGAUGCUCAUUCCUUGCACCAUGAGCAUGACCACAACCACUCGAAUGAAGUAGAGGUACUCUCCGUCACCAUGUCCGCCGCGAGCGGGCCUCACAGCGUUGAUUUGGAGAAACUCGAAGCUUUGCUUAGGGACUCCUCUAAGGACGAGAUCUAUCGUAUAAAAGCCGUUCUCCACACAUCUUCAGCCCCCAAAUCCUCGGAUGGCCAGCCUGCCAGCCUCCCCAGCGCUUUGGACGGCAAUGGUAGGUAUAUCCUAAACUGGGCAUUCGGGCGGUGGACCUUCUCUGCUGUUUCCAUCGCGUCCCCACAGGGGACUCCGGCUUCCUCAGGCAGUGCCACGCCUGCGCCAACAGACUCGGGCGUCUCUACGCCGCAGAAGAAUUCUGCGGAGCCGACCCUGCGGAUGACCAUAAUUACUGCGCGUUACGAGUCCAGCAAAUGGAAAAAGCGUAUCGAAUCAGGAGAGUUCCUCGCCCUGGAGGGCGGCGAGCCUGCACAGCUUAAAGUGGAGAAGGUUGUGUAG